AUGGGUCUCGCCUCGGGCCUCGAGGCCCAACGCCUCACGGUCCUCUUCAAUCGUAACAAUCAUCCUCAAAAUCGAAAUGUGAAGAGCUCUUUCUCUAGCAAUGAGCCGCGCCGGUGCGGGGUUUGCUGUGCCUGGCACCGCAUAGUCAUGGAGCGUUUCGUCAGUCCCGAUGCUGCCACGCAACAAUUGCACAACCUCUUCCUCGAGAAGAUUGGCAUCCCCUUGGAGACUUGGCUGAGUGGUGAAUUUUGUACACCGAAGCGUCUCACCGGAAUCCACUAUCCUCAGUGUCGUAUGGCGAUAGUGAACGACCUAUCACCGCUGGUACGAGAACGCAGUUGUAUUCGUUACCCCGCCAAGAACCUGUAUUGUCGGUCGACUGCUUUUCCUUCGCGGCAGCAACAACACUAG